UGUCUUUCUCUUCGCAAACGUCACUUUCGUGGUAUUGUUUUGCGACAAAUAUUUUUUCAACAAAUUUUACUUUGUUUUUCGUGGAAAAAGUUUUAAAAAAUCUACAAUUGAACGGAAAAUGCCCCAUAUGGUUACAAUGGAGAAUGGCCAAAGCCAAACUAUACAGGAAAUGUUGGCCUGCAUCGAAAGAUACAAUCCCGACCAUUUGAAAACUUUGGAAGCCUAUAUCGAGGAUCAGGCCAAAAACAACACUUAUGAUUUGGAGGCUAAUUUGGCAGUAUUAAAAUUGUAUCAAUUCAAUCCUCAUAUGUUGAAUUUCGAUAUUACCUAUACCAUUUUGUUGAAAUCGUUGACCAGUUUGCCACAUACCGACUUUGUGAUGGCCAAGUGCUUGUUGUUGCCCCAACAAAUGAAGAAUGAGACCGUGCAAACCAUUAUCGAAUUAGCUGAUAUUUUGGAGCGUGCAGAUUUCACUUUGUUCUGGCAGCGGGCCGAAGUAAACAAGAGUAUAUUCCGUCACAUUCAAGGUUUCCAUGAUUCCAUACGUAAAUUUGUGUGCCAUGUUGUGAACAUUACUUUCCAGACGAUUAGGAGGGAUUUGUUGAAGGAAAUGUUGGGUGGCAUUGAGGAUUCCAGUGUAGACAAAUGGAUGAAGCAAUACGGCUGGAAGCGUGAGGGCAAUUUGGUGAUCGUUGCUUCUCAAGAUGAAAAAAUCAAGACCAAGAAUAUUACAGAGAAAAUUGAAUUCGACAAUUUGGGUGGUCUCAUGGCCCAGUGCUUGUAAGAGAUGGCUAAAGCAACACAAUAAUAUAAAAAUAUUACUAUUAAGCUAACUAUAUCUCUGUUCCAAAUCCCAAUCUUUUGUAUUCCCCUUUCUCAUAGAAAAACAAAAACCGUACAACCCCCCAACAUAAAACAUAAAUAAAUUAAACAACUGUGUUUUAUACAAAAAAGAACAAAA